CCACGCCUCCCCGCAAGAGGCACUCCCUCGCCUCCUAGGGAAUUGAACUCUAAUAGAGUGCAGGAUGAGACCUUCCUGGGCUGAGGGAUUAUCCCACAUCUCCCUGCUGGAGGGUUUCUAGUACUGUAGCUAUUCCCGUGCUUUUAAUUCUCUGAAAGGUUGGAGGCAUGCGGGGUGGGGUUUGUGUGGUGCGGCUGAAUGGGAGGACGCAGCAGUGGCCUAUGUGAAGAAAAGUGGGCGCAGUAGCCGUGGUGGAGUGGCAGAGCUGCGACUGUAACGGCGGAAACCGGUGCGAGCGGAGUCCCAUAUGCCUAACUUGCGUGGCCCCUACGGGGCUCCAUUUCGAGCUGUGAGCGCAGUGCACCACGGAGACGGACUUACUGCGCGGCGCAGAACAAACCAUAUGGCAGCUGGGGAGUAACGCAUGCGCACUGCAGAGAAGGGAAAUUAAUCCGCAUGCGGGCCCCGCCUGGCCCUGCGCUAAGGGGAGUUCAAUUAGUUAUUUGCGGUAACAGAAGUCGAAUGAAUUUAGACCCUCCGCCCUUGCCGUAGUGUGGACUGUACCAAAGCCGGCCGGGGGAGAGGUGCAUCGCGGCCGGGCCCGGCCGUUCGCCCAGCGCCUUUGGGCAGACGCAAGCAGUGGCCGGCUGUGUGACUUGAGGCGCACGCAGCGAGGCGGAUUAACACUAAAUCCCCACAAUGUCCCUGAAACCACGAGUAGUUGAUUUUGAUGAAACAUGGAACAAACUUCUAACAACAAUUAAAGCUGUUGUAAUGUUGGAUUAUGUUGAAAGAGCAACAUGGAAUGACCGCUUCUCGGACAUUUAUGCUUUAUGUGUGGCCUAUCCAGAACCUCUUGGAGAGAGACUUUAUACUGAGACGAAAUUUUUUUUGGAAAAUCAUGUACGCCAUUUGCACAAGCGUGUUCUGGAAUCUGAAGAACAAGUACUGGUUAUGUAUUAUAGAUACUGGGAAGAAUACAGUAAAGGGGCCGACUACAUGGACUGUUUAUACAGGUACCUCAACACGCAGUUUAUUAAGAAGAACAAAUUAACUGAAGCUGAUCUUCAGUAUGGCUAUGGAGGUGUGGAUAUAAGUGAACCACUGAUGGAAAUAGGAGAGCUAGCACUUGAUAUGUGGAGGAAAUUAAUGAUUGAACCGCUGCAGGCCAUUCUCAUUCGAAUGCUCCUCCGAGAAAUCAAAAAUGAUCGCUGUGGAGAAGACCCAAACCAGAAAGUAAUCCAUGGGGUUAUUAACUCCUUUGUUCAUGUUGAACAGUAUAAGAAAAAAUUCCCCCUAAAGUUUUAUCAGGAAAUUUUUGAGUGUCCUUUUCUGAAUGAAACAGGGGAGUAUUAUAAACAAGAAGCUUCAAACUUAUUGCAAGAGUCAAACUGCUCACAGUAUAUGGAAAAGGUUUUAGGUAGAUUAAAAGAUGAAGAAAUGCGAUGUCGGAAAUACUUACACCCCAGCUCAUAUGGCAAAGUAAUUCAUGAAUGCCAGCAACGAAUGGUAGCUGAUCAUUUGCAGUUUCUGCAUGCAGAAUGCCAUAAUAUCAUCAGACAAGAGAAAAGAAGUGACAUGGCAAAUAUGUACACUCUGCUUCGUGCUGUGUCCAGUGGUUUGCCUCAUAUGAUUCAGGAAUUACAAAACCAUAUCCAUGAUGAGGGCCUUAGAGCAACCAGCAAUCUUUCUCAGGAAAAUAUGCCAACUCAGUUUGUCGAGUCAGUUUUGGAAGUACAUAGUAAAUUUGUUCAACUUAUCAACACCGUUUUGAAUGGUGACCAGCACUUUAUGAGUGCCCUUGACAAGGCUCUAACAUCAGUAGUAAACUAUAGGGAACCCAAGUCGAUCUGCAAAGCGCCCGAGUUGCUGGCCAAAUAUUGUGACAACUUGCUGAAGAAAUCAGCCAAAGGAAUGACAGAGAAUGAAGUAGAAGAUAAACUUACAAGUUUCAUUACUGUUUUCAAAUACAUUGAUGACAAAGAUGUUUUCCAGAAGUUCUAUGCCAGAAUGUUGGCAAAACGAUUAAUUCAUGGUUUAUCUAUGUCUAUGGACUCUGAAGAAGCCAUGAUUAAUAAACUAAAGCAAGCCUGUGGUUAUGAGUUUACCAGCAAGCUCCAUCGAAUGUAUACAGACAUGAGUGUUAGCGCUGAUCUCAACAAUAAAUUCAACAACUUUAUCAAAAACCAGGAUGCCAUUAUAGAUUUGGGAAUUAGUUUUCAGAUAUAUGUUUUACAGGCUGGCGCAUGGCCUCUAACUCAGGCUCCUUCAUCAACAUUUGCAAUUCCUCAGGAACUGGAAAAAAGUGUACAGAUGUUUGAAUUAUUUUACAGUCAGCACUUCAGUGGGAGGAAGCUUACUUGGUUACAUUAUCUCUGUACAGGUGAAGUAAAAAUGAACUAUUUGUGUAAACCUUAUGUAGCCAUGGUCACAACAUACCAAAUGGCAGUACUGCUUGCCUUCAACAACAGUGAAACUGUCAGUUAUAAAGAGCUUCAGGAUAGCACACAGAUGAAUGAGAAGGAACUGACAAAAACCAUCAAAUCAUUACUUGAUGUCAAAAUGAUCAACCAUGACUUAGACAAGGAAGAUAUAGAAGCAGAGUCUACUUUUUCAUUAAAUAUGAACUUCAGCAGUAAACGAACAAAAUUUAAAAUUACCACAUCCAUGCAGAAAGACACACCGCAGGAGAUGGAGCAGACCAGAAGUGCUGUAGAUGAAGACAGGAAAAUGUACCUUCAAGCUGCUAUAGUUCGUAUCAUGAAAGCACGUAAAGUGCUGCGACAUAAUGCUCUUAUUCAGGAGGUAAUUAGCCAGUCGAGAGCUAGGUUUAACCCAAGUAUCAGCAUGAUUAAGAAGUGUAUUGAAGUUCUAAUAGAUAAACAAUACAUCGAGCGAAGCCAGGCCUCAGCAGAUGAAUACAGCUAUGUAGCAUGAUGUUGCUCUCCAGCAGGUGUGGUUGUAAGGAGAUCAUUGCUGUCACUGUUUGGUGUGUUCCUGUGGGAAGAAGCAGGCCUGUGCCUCCAUAACUGGUCACUUGGCAGUCCCUGUUUUUCUGCUGUUUACAACAUCACCAGUGCCACGUCAUGAGCGUCAAUGAAAAUGCCUAUAGAUAUUUCAAGCUCAUGUCAUUAUGACAUUUCUUAAAACUUUACUAAAAGAAUGAGUGAAGUAUUGCUGAAAUGUGGAAAUUUGGUUGGGUACCAUGCUUUUUUUUCCCCCCUCCUUCACGUUUGCAGUUGAUGUUUUUUAAUGUAUCUUAAAAGAAAAAGUUAAACUAAAUAUUGUAAUAUGACAGAUAUCCUAAUAAUUGUAUCUACAUUAAAAUGUAAAAUAAAAAGAUGAACAUGAUACUGCUGCUUGUCAAAUAAAAAAAAUAAAGAAAUGGAA